AUGACGUCCAUGGCAGCAGAAACAGCUGCCACCAUUCUCUGCACCGCCAAGCAGACACGAUUCCAUAUUGAUUCACCAAACUACCGAGAGCUCGACGUCCAAGGCUUGCAAAUCCUCGUCACAUCAGCCGACAAGGGCACAUCCACAACAGCCACCAAAGGAAAGUCCAAACGCUCCGAAGGCCUCGAGAUUCUGUCCAAUGCAAAGCUACUCCUGAAAGAGGGACAGCGAUAUGCCCUCGUCGGUCGUAACGGGACUGGAAAGUCCACGUUACUCAGGGCCAUUGCGGACAAGCUCAUUCCUGGUAUCCCAGAAGGCACCAGAAUUGCCAUCCUGCAGCAGACGAAACUAACUGAGGAUGAUGGCGAUGAGAAGCCCGGUGACAAGGGUAAAUCAGAAGCCAGCGUUCUUCAGGAGGUUAUUGAUCGCGCGACGGCAAGAGAUGCCAUCGAGCAGGAGAUUAAAGCUCUCUCUGACGGUGUUGAUGCCUCGGAUCCGUUUGGACCUGUCCGAGCCUUGCGAUCCCUCAAGCAUGAUCGUCUGCAAAAGCGCCUGUUCCGCCUGGACAAAGAAGCUAGGUUAAGAAGUGGUGCUCGAGGCUUGCAGGCUCGAAAAGCGCUUGUCGCUUUUGAAAAGGUUGUCGCUGAGUCCGAUACUUUAAUCAAUCAGUCCAGCGAGGAAAUAACACCUGACACCUUGCAAGCCGAAACCCAAGAAGCGGCGGAUAUGCUUGCCGAUCUUCAAAUCCAAGUUGAACCAUCCCGCAUCGCACAAGUCGAAACCCGAGCCAAGUCCAUCCUCACCGGUCUCGGAUUCUCAGAAGACCGCAUGGGCAAGCCCAUCUCCAGCAUGUCUGGAGGUUGGCACAUGCGAGCAGCCCUCGCAACAGCUCUGCUCCAAGACGCUGACAUCCUGAUUCUCGACGAACCCACCAACUUCCUAGACUUGCUGGGCAUCGUCUGGCUUCAAAAGUACCUGCAGCACGUCGCCGAAGGGGACAAGCCACCCACCGUCAUCAUCGUAUCUCACGACCGUGACUUCAUCUCCGUUUGUACGGAUCUCAUGCUCCUCAAGGAGAAGCAACUCACCUACUUCCACGGCGAUCUCCCAACCUACGAGUCUUCACAAGCCGAGCGCAAACUCUGGCUUAAAAAGAUGAAGUCCGCACAGGCAAAACAGCGGGCACACAUGGAAAAGUCAAUCGCACAAAACAUGAAAGCCGGCAAGGCGAACGACGACCAAAACAAGAUCCGUCAGGCAAAGUCGCGGCAGAAGAAGCUCGACGACCGUAUGGGCAUGCAAGUCAAUGCCAAGGGGCAUCGAUUCAAACUCAACCGCGAACUGGUGGGAUAUUUCCACACCUCGCGAGAGGAAAUCGACAUUCCCCCUGAAGAACGGCCAGUGGUCAUUACGCUACCUGAGCCUCCCGAUCUGCGAUUCCCAGGAUCCCUCCUCUCUCUGGACGGUGCUUCGUACCGGUACGGCCCGAGACUCCCCCUCGUUGUAGACGGCAUCAAUCUCACUGUCGGAAUGGGCGACCGCAUCGGCAUUCUUGGCCUGAAUGGCUCCGGCAAAACUACCCUCAUCAAGAUGCUGGUCGAGGAGACACGCCCUACCACAGGCAGCGUCACCACCCACCCGCGUCUAAAACUAGGCUACUACUCCCAACAUGCCGUCGAAGCAAUCAAGGCUAUCGGCAAGGAAGAUCCAACGCUUACUGCGCUCGGUCUUCUCAGCCGUGAAAUUGACGGCCAAAUGAACGAGGGUGAGAUUCGUGGUCUUUUGGGCGAACUCGGUCUACCAGGCCGCAUCGCAUCAGAUAUACCAGUGUGCAAACUCUCCGGAGGACAGCUGGUGCGCUGUGAACUCGCACGGUUGUUCUGGAAACGCCCUCACUGUUUGAUUCUCGAUGAAGUUACUACUCAUUUGGACUAUGAGACGGUGACGGCACUGCGAAUCGCGUUGAAUAGUUGGGAUGGCGCAGUCGUGUUGGUUAGUCACGAUAGAUGGUUCAUGAGGGGUGCGAUCGAGGGGAAUCUGGAUGAGGAGGAGGAUGAUAGCGAGGAGAGUGAUGAGGAGGAGGAGGCCCCGAGGAGGAGGAUCGUGUAUAGGUUAAAGGGGGGCAAGAUGACGGCUUUGGAGAAUGGCGUGGAGGAGUUUGAGAGGUUAAUGGAGAGGAGGGUGAAUAAGUUGAUUGUGCAGUGA